AUGGCUGAGACAAGUAACCAUGGUCUUUUGCAGGACCUAGGCACAGUCGAACCUAAGCUUGCGACCGCCACCGAAAAGACCGUCGUCGACGAGUGCAAGAGCGUCGAUACGCCAGGAACUUCGACCUUCUAUAUCGAUCCUGUCAAGGAGAGGAAGCUGAUGAGGAAAUUCGAUUUCUACGCUAUUGGUCUACUGGGACUUUUCUACAUGGCCGCCAAUCUCGAUCGGAGUAACAUUGGGAAUGCCAAAGUCGCCGGCAUGGACGUUGACAUCGGCCUCGCUGGUAACCAAUUUGGUACCGCGACAACACUCCUCUUUGCCACCUACGUACCCUUUGAGACCCCAGUCGCUGUCCUAUUGAAGAUUGUCGGUGCGAAACCGCUCCUCUCUGUGUGUGCCUUCUCUUGGGGUAUCGCAUGUCUUGGAAUGGGCUUCAUUCAAGACUACAAGGGCUUGUAUGCCUGUCGGCUGUUGAUUGGUGCCUUUGAAGCUGGAUUGAUCCCGUGCAUUAAUGUCUAUCUGGGACUCGUCUACAAGAAAGAGGAGCGGGCAAAGCGAUCAGCCGUCAUUUUCGCAUUUUCAGCAUGCUCGAGCGCCUUUGGUGGCAUUCUGGCAUAUGGGCUCUGCCAACUGCGUGGCCCAGGCGAUUUUGAGGGCUGGCGGUGGCUGUUUGUCGUCGAGGGGCUGAUCACCGUCGUCCUGGUACCGGCCUUUUGGUUCCUGUUCCCUACCUCGCCGGUUGAUGCUUGGUUCCUCAGUCACGAGGAGAAGCAGAUUAUGAGGGCUCGAUACGACAAUGAUCCUCACUGGGGUUACGAUGAAAAAUUCAGCUGGACCGAAGUCAUCAAGGUGGUCAAAGACCCGAAGUGGUACUGCUUCUGGAUCUACCAAUUUUCUAUCAACAUCUCCCUGUAUUCCUUCACCACAUUUCUUCCCUCGAUCAUCAGUGGCUUGGGGUACCGCGGUGUCAAAGCCAACUUGAUGACUGUGCCAAUCUAUUUUUGGGGCAUGUGUUGGUGUCUGUUCAUUGCUUGGGCAUCCGAUAGAUCUGGUUAUCGUGGACCGUUCAUCGCCUUUCAUCUCCUGGUUCUCAUCAUCGGGUACUCGAUCUUGGUGUCGGUCAAGUCUCUCGGUGUUCGAUAUUUUGGCUGCUUCGUUGUUGCAACCGCCAUCUACGCAAACACCGGUACUUCCCUGAUGUGGCUGAAUGACAAUGUGGCAAGGCAUUUCAAACGAGCGACCAUGUUAGGUGCUACAACUACCCUCGCCAACACGGCGGGUGUUGCUGUUGGUCAGAUUUUCACCAGUGACUCGGCACCUCGAUAUCUCCGCGGCAUGUAUGUCGCCAUGGGGAUGGCGGGAGUGGCGUUCCUGGCAAUUGUGAGUAUGAUGAUUGGGAUCAAGGUGGUCAACAAGGGCCGUAGAGAGCAACUAUCGCGCGCAGAGGAGGCUGGAAAUCCCAUCCCACCUCAGCCGGAGUUGGGUGACUCCGAUCCACAUUUUAUAUACAAGUGGUAA